AUGACUUCCUUUAGCAAAGCUGGUUUGCAGCAAAAAUGGACCACAGAAGAUGAUAUCAAAAGCGUUUUGGACGAGUUGAAGGCAGUGGAUAAGGUGACAUCCUUGGACUUGUCUGGUAACACGAUAGGUGUUGAGGCGUCUAAGGCAUUGGCUAAGGUUAUUAGCGAGGAAAAAUCUAUUCGUGAUAAUGUAGAAGAGGUAAACUUUGCGGAUAUGUACACUUCCAGACUUGUGGAUGAGGUUGUUGAGUCGUUGCAGGUAUUGCUUCCAGCUUUGCAAGGAUGCCCAAAACUAGCUAAGGUGGAUCUUUCUGAUAAUGCGUUCGGAUUGCGUACUAUUGACUCGUUAGAAAAGUUCAUCAGUGAGUCUACCCAGUUGAAGCAUCUGAUUUUGGCGAACAACGGUAUGGGGCCAUUUGCCGGUGAAAGAAUAGGUAAAGCAUUGUUCAAGCUUGCCGAAAACAAGAAGAAGGCUGGCCAGUCGUUGUUGGAGACAUUUGUUUGUGGUAGAAACAGAUUGGAGAACGGCUCGUCGCGCUGGUUGUCCCAGGGUUUGAGAGCACACGGGGACGAUUUGCACACCGUGCGUUUGUACCAAAACGGUAUCAGACCUCAGGGCUGUAUCAAUUUGAUUAAGCACGGUUUGGCAUACAACAAGAACUUGCACGUUUUGGACAUGCAAGAUAACACAUUCACCACCGUUGCAUCCGAAACAUUGGCACAGUAUUUGACUAACUGGACUCAUUUGAAGGAAUUAAACUUAAAUGACUGUUUGUUGAAGGGACCUGGUUCCCAUGCCAUCUUGAAAGUAUUGAAGGAAAACAAAUUUGAUAACUUGGAAACUUUGAAACUACAAUAUAACGAAUUAACCCAGCACAGUUUGGAACACUUGCUAAUCCCUGCCUUGCAAAGCGGUAACUUACCAUGUUUGGCAUCGUUGGAAUUGAACGGUAACAGAUUUGAGGAAGAUUCUGAGCCUUUGGAAUUAUUACCUACUCUUUUCGACGGUGAAUUGGACGAGCUAGACGAUUUGGAAGAGGUUGACUCGGAAGAAGAAGAAAGCGAAGACGAAGACGCUGAGGAAGAAGACGAUUGGAAUCCUACUGAGUUCGUUAAGGACAAGGAAGUCGAUGAAUUGGCAUCUGAAUUGGAAAAAGCUCACAUAGAAUAA